AUGUCCUGAUCGCCCACAACGAGGUCAGCUACAUUCCACUGGAGAACCUGCGCAUCAUCCGCGGGAGCCAGCUGUACGAGGGCCGCUACGCGCUGGCCGUCCUCUCCAACUUCAGCCCUUCCGGGACCCGGUCUGCGAGAGCUGAGGAUGAGGAGUCUGACAGAGAUCCUGACCGGGAGCAUCUGGAUCAGCGACAACCCCUUCCUGUGCUUCCAGGAGACAAUUCAGUGGGACGACAUCCAGGACAAGAACAACAAGUUUCCCUUCGCUGAUACCGUGGACCGGAGUCGGGCCGUCUCAUGUGAAAGCUGCAGUCCCCUCUGUAAGAAUGCGUCGUGCUGGGGUUCUGGUCCCGAGUACUGCCAGAUCUUUACUCGGAAAUUCUGCGCCAAGGAGUGCCUGACACGCUGCAAGGGGCCCAAUCCGACAGACUGCUGUCACAGCGAGUGCGCCGCGGGCUGCGUGGGGCCCAAGGACACCGACUGCCUGGCCUGCCACCAUUUCAGUAACGGAGGUCUCUGCCGCGGCGACUGCCCCCCACUCAGCAUCUACAAUGCCCAGACCUACCAGAUGGAGCACAACCCGGACGGGACGUACAUCUUCGGAGCCAGCUGUGUCCAGCAGUGUCCGCACAACUACCUGUCCACGGACGUGGGCUCCUGCACGCUGGACUGCCCAAACGACACCAGGGAGGUGAUUGACGACCGCCGCCAGCGUUGUGAGAAGUGCAGCGAGCCGUGCCCCAGAGUGUGCAGUGGUCUGGGGGUGAACGUUAUGAAGGACGUCCGUGCGGUGACCUCCGCCAACAUUGAUUCCUUCAAAGGCUGCGUCAAGAUCUUCGGCAGCCUGGUCUUCCUCACCGAAACCUUUGCUGGUGACCCGUCGGCAAAGAUCAAACCCCUGGAUCCGAAGAAGCUGAAGGUCUUCAGUGCUCUGACGGAGAUCACAGGCUACUUGUACAUCGAGGCUUGGCCGCAGAACUUCACCACCCUGAGGGCUUUUGAGAGUCUCGCUACCAUUCGAGGGCGUGUGCUGUACAGCGGUGCUUAUGCACUGUCAGUGCAGAAUCUCCAGAUACAGUCGCUAGGACUUCGGUCUCUAAAAGAGAUCAGUAACGGGCUGGUGUUCAUUCACCAGAACCCGAACCUCUGCUAUGUGAGUACAAUUCCCUGGAGGCAGCUCUUUAAGAAGGAUCACCAGGAGGAGCUGAUAACAGCCAACAGGCUCCAGGACCUCUGUGAAGCCGAGGGGCGGACCUGUGACAGCCUCUGCACCAACGGCAGCUGCUGGGGGCCCGGCCCGGCGCAGUGCCUCUCCUGCACCUACUUCCGCGGCCAGGAAUGCGUGGAAUCCUGCAACUUGUACGAGGGCUCGUUUCGGGAGUAUGUGAGCGAAUUCAAGUGCAUGGCCUGUCACCCGGAGUGUUUCCCGCAGAACAACAGCCUCAGCUGCAGUGGGAAGGGCUCCGACAACUGCGUGGCCUGCCGCCGCUACCGGGACGGCGCGCACUGCGUCGCCAAGUGCCCCGGCGGCCUGCACGGCCACAUCUGGAAGUACCCGGACGAACACGGCCUGUGCCAGCUCUGCCCCACCAACUGCAGUCACUCGUGCACGGCGGGCGAGGACGGCUGUCCCGAGGAGCCCAUUCACAGCCAGGUGACCUCGGUGGUGGCCGGGAUCGUCGGGGCUCUGCUCUUCAUGCUGCUCGUCGUCCUGCUGAUCGUCUGGUGGAAACGCAAGGUCUACCUGAAGCAGAAGCACAAGAUGAUGAGACUCCUGGAGCAGAACAAGCUCGUCGAGCCGGUGAGUCCGAGCGGUGUUGUUCCGAAUCAGGCGCAGAUCCGAAUCCUGAAGGAGACGGAGAUGAAGAAAGUAAAAGUCCUGGGAUCCGGUGCCUUCGGAACUGUUUAUAAGGGCGUCUGGAUGCCGGAGGACGAAGACGUUAAGAUACCCGUUGCCAUUAAGGUACUCAGAGAGGGAACAUCGCCCAAAGCGAACAAGGAAAUCCUGGACGAGGCGUACAUCAUGGCAGGCGUCAGCAGCCCUUACGUCUGCCGUCUGCUGGGUAUCUGCCUCACCUCCACGGUGCAGCUGGUGACGCAGCUGAUGCCCUUCGGAUCCCUGCUCGACUACGUCCGCGAGCACAAGGACCGCAUCGGGUCGCAGCACCUCCUUAACUGGUGUGUGCAGAUCGCCAAGGGAAUGAAUUACCUGGAGGAUCAGGUCCGAUUGGUCCACCGGGACCUGGCAGCGAGGAAUGUGCUGGUAAGGAGCUUGAACCACGUGAAGAUCACAGACUUCGGGCUUGCCCGGCUCCUCGACACGGACGAGACGGAGUACCAUGCCGACGGCGGGAAGGUGCCCAUCAAGUGGAUGGCGCUGGAGUCCAUACUGCACCGCCGGUUCACCCAUCAGAGCGACGUCUGGAGUUACGGCGUGACGGUCUGGGAGCUGAUGACGUUCGGUGCCAAGCCUUACGAUGGGAUCCCGGCUCGAGAAAUCCACGAACUGUUGGAGAAGGGAGAGCGGUUGCCACAGCCUCCGAUCUGCACCAUCGACGUCUACAUGAUUAUGGUCAAGUGCUGGAUGAUUGACUCGGAAUGUCGGCCUCGCUUCCAGGAGUUGGUGGCGGAGUUUUCCAAAAUGGCCCGGGAUCCUCAGCGAUACAUCGUUAUCCAGGGUGACGAGCACCUCGUACCUCAGAGCCCGACUGACAGCAAGUUCUACCGGACCCUGCUAGAGGACGAGGAGAUGCAGGACCUGAUCGACGCGGAAGAGUACCUGAGCGCGAGGAGCGUGGCGGAGGCGGGCGCCCAGGGCCCUCCGCCCGGCCCGGCUUACCGGCCCCCCUCGCAGGUGGAAGUGCCGGUGGAGGCGGACGGCCCCUGCUGCGGGGCCCCGGACGAGGUGCCUGGCCAGCGGUACAGCUCCGACCCCACCGCGCGCCUGGACGGGGAGGGAGAGGCCGGCUUCGAGACGGACAGUUACAUCGCGCUGGGUGGCGAGACCCCGGCCGCAGGUUACAUGAACCAGCGGGGGGAGGCCGGAAGAGGCGGGUUAUUCCCUCGGGGCAGUGGCGGGAGUGACCUGCUGCUCCCAAGCAGCCCCUUCCAGAACACUGUGCAGAACCCCGAGUACCUGUCGCAGCACAGCUCGCUGUCCGACGACGAGCCGGCCCUCGACUGGGGCCCGGGCCAGCCCAACGGCUACAUCCGCGUGGCGACGGCGGAGAACCCCGAGUACCUCGGCCUCUCGGAGACCAGCAGCGUGUAAAAGGGCACCUUGCCGGUGAAAUCGGUCCCACCACGGUCUGACUGCACGCCAGAGACUGGCGGGGGGGGGGGGGCAGCGAGACCCAGACAGGCUGCAUUGCGGCGGAGGGAGUGGGGGCUUCUCCCUGGACGAUGCUGUGAGUAGGGAAGCGUGGUAACGCUGUCCAUUUCUGCCGGUGUUCGUCAGCCAUCAGUCUCUCCAGGGACUUACCGCGAAUCAAAAUGAGGAUUGCCCCGGAGCCCGUUCCCCAUCUUCGUUCCAUUCUGUCCCCCAUUCUCACACAGUCACCCCCACUCCUCUCUCCCAUUCCACCUCUGAAAUAUCGCACCCAGCCAGUCGCGGUCUGGUUGGCCGAGUUCUGAACAAUGCUGCAGUUAGCGUGAACUGUUAAUGAAUGUUACCGAUUUUUUGUACAUCUGAUUUUGGGAAAUAGUUUUGUAUGUUUGAGAGAGAGAUUUUUUUUUUUCUAGAUGUCUGCUGUGAAUAGCUGAGGUGAGGGGAGAUGGUCUGAUCCGGAGGCCGGUAGCGGGAUCUCGGUCAAACCGCGGUUCCUGAGCUCAGACCGUCUCCCGCCAGGCGAAUCCGUUAGUCUGAUGAGUCGUGCCGGUGGUUACACCCGUGAUUGAACCCACCGCGCGUGGCCGCUGAUUGGGUUGUGAUUUGAUCAUUGGACACGCUGACUGCGAGGAGAGCCCACGUUUACCGAGUGCCGGGGAGCUGAUGGCGGUCUGCACCGAACUCGGGAGAACGGGGAUGGACUUCCGAUCCGCGUCCCUCCCUCAGGACCGGUCGGCACUCCCGUCUCUCCUCCCAGCCACCGUGUCCUGGAGUUACUCUUGGAAUCUGGUACGAACAAUAAAGCUCGCAGUUUUUAAUCAG